CAAAAGAAAAGCUAGAGAAAAUCAGAAAAAAGACUGAAGCAAAUCUGGAGACAGGAAUGCAGGCUGUCUUAGGGAUGUAAAAUAGGAUAUAACUUCAGCUCAUCUCUGUGUAUGCUCUGACACUGAGACAAAGUGAGCAUCAUCAGUGCUGUUACGAGAUUGUUCAUGAGGCAAUGGCAGUAUUCUCUUGGAGCACAUUUUCCAUUCCAGUUUUCAGGGAACUGCUUAGAAUGAUAGAGGGGAGGCAGCAGUGCAGAGAGAGGGGAGACGUCAGCGGUGAGAAAGCUCUUCCUGUGUCAGAAAGGGUGAGCAUGUGUGACACCGGUAGAGUAGAUGGAGCCAUGGCUGCUAGAAACAACAGCCUAGGGAGUAGCAUCUCAGCUGAGCCCCAGCCGGAAAAGGGAAGUUUUGGGCGGUGCGUUGCUCCCUCGCCUCCCCUUCCGCAGCCUGCUCCGCCCCGGGCUGCCGUGGAGCGGGGCCGCCGGGCAGUUUUCAGCAUGGCAGUGGACUGGCUCGGCUUUGGCUACGCCGCCCUGGUGGCAUCAGGAGGGCUCAUUGGCUAUGUAAAAGCAGGUAGUGUCCCAUCGCUAGCUGCUGGCCUUGUCUUUGGGAGUUUGGCUGGAAUGGGUGCCUAUCAGCUCUCACAGAAUCCAAAUAAUGUUUGGAUUUCUCUGAUUACAUCUGGAACGCUGACUGCCAUCAUGGGAACAAGAUUUUACAACUCUGGAAAAUUCAUGCCUGCAGGGCUAAUUGCUGGUGUCAGUUUGCUAAUGGUUGGAAGAUUAGCACUGAAGAUGGUGGAAAAGCCCCAUGAUAAGUAACUGUUCAUUUUACAGUUUAAUGUCUGGAUAAGGAAACCUAAUAAUGAAGUUGCAUGAAUGCAGAAGCAAGAAGAUGGAACAAUUUUCUAUAUAAAGACAAUUUUUCUCCUUUUUUUAUAUAAGGGGGAGUAGAAUGAUGGGACAAAUAGUUUACAUACAAGGUGCCGUUUGUUUCAAUGAUCUGGUAGAGCUAUUAUUGUGCAGUGAGAAACUGGUCCUGGGUUUGAUUUUUUCCAGACACAUUUCAGUGUAUUUUAACAUUUCCAGGUUUUAUAUUCCAAAAUAUACUGCUGACGUAUAUGAAGCAGAGAGGACCUGUAGUUAAGAAAGUAUCCACAAAGAGGCAUCAGGAGUAAUUGGCUAAAUACAACAGUGUAUCUCACUGAUAUUACAGUAUACUUUACCUGUUGCAUUCUGAGUUGAUACACCAUGUCUGUAUAACACCAAACAGGUCUUAGCUUUUUAUUGUGAAUGAUGCUAAAACGUUGCUUUUGUACAAGUAAAAUCUGUUACAAACCUUUA